AAUCGUGUUCAUUAACUCCAAACGUCAAGAUGAAGAUUUUGUUCUGACGCUAACAGCGCGGGGGGUUCGCAUGUGCGUGCUUGCCAAGCCCUCCGGGAAGCGGACGAAGGUCGAGUUGGCAUGUGCGCGAGCGGGCGAUGCGAGGUCGGCAUCUGAGCGGAACCCCCGCGUCGGUUUUUUUUUUCUGUCCCCUUCGGCGUCUCAGACGAGAUCCCAGAAGAAACGAGACUGAGGGAGGACGGCAGCCCAGGUACAAAAACUGCCCCCGCAUCCGUGUGUCAACUUUGCUAACACGUCUGGCAUGAGUUUGACCCCCCCCCCCCCCCCCCCGACUGUAGCUUUGGCCGCUCUUCUAACUCUUCCUCGUUUGCCGUGUCCCUAACCGGCCGCGGCACGACGCCUCGAUGCCGACUAUAUUCCGACUUUAGAAGUUCCGACGGGAGACGACGCGUUGCGCUCCGCCCCGCGAGACGAACUCGGCGCCGCGGACGAGGAGACGGAGGCCAGGAGGGUCGCCCGCGUCGCCCUCUCGGAGAUGAAAACGCUCCUCGGCGAGGAGGAGGCGGCGGCCUGGCGGCUGAAGAUGAAGACGCUGGAGGUGGCCCGGGAAACGCUCGAGCUGGAGAAGGAGAAGUUGGCGCUGGAAAGGGAGAGGGUGGCGGUGGAGAAGAAGAGGAUGGAAGUGGAGAGGGAAAAGAUGGCCUUGGAAAGCGCGGAGCAAGAGAGGGCGGAGCCGCGGACGCUCGCUUCCGAGAACGCGGCGGAAGAGCGGCGACGGCUCGAGGAAAGGAAGGAAAAGGAGAAGAUGGCCGCGGGGGCGGAAAAAGGGCCGACGGACCGAGAACCGGAAAGCCGAGAGGGGGAGACGGCGGAGGACGGGGAGGAGGAGCUCGCCCUGCGUCUUUCCCACGACGAGGCCGAAGCGGAACGUCCCGACGCCGGUCUGGCUCUGGGCGAGAAAAGUCGACGUCCCGUCAGGAGGGAGAAGAAGAAGUAGAUGCCUCCCGUCGUGGUGGGCUUAUUAUUAUUUUCCCGUUUGUCUCCAGUGAGACGGCGGGCAGCUUUGGAAUUGUUCCCCGGUCCCUCGUGACGCUGGCGAGUUUGAAAAUGCUGGACAAAAUACAGCCACGUGACAAAAAAUGUCCACCAAAAGUUGGACCUGACGGCUCAGACACAGAUCCGCUCGCGUGAAGAAUCUUCAACGUGAAAGGAUGUAUUUGGGCACUUGUGACCUUCCUUCCCCCAAAUUGCAAAACUACCAAAAUCACCUUUUUUGUAGUUUGUAAAAUGGGCCUGGCCAGAGUUACGGAAAGCAAAUAAGAUGCGAUUUCAUCUGAUCUCGACUUUUCGGAGAACGUCGUCAGCCGCGCGUUGCAGCUUUCCCGUGACAGGAAAGGCAGCGACGACGGCAGCCCGACCGCCUUCAAUUUUCUCUUGCAACUUUUCUAAGCUCCUCCCGUGUGAAUUUGUGCACUGUAAGCUCCGCCUCCAUCUCCUUUUACAGAACACAUUUAUCACCAAUGUGGCAAACGUAAAAUAAAACGUCAAAUAAAGCUGUUGUCUUCUUCUGUCUUUUGUCUUACAUUUUUUUUCGAGGUAACACAAUCACUCGAUCACUCAUCUGAUUUUGAUCGUUGAUAAAUCAUUUCCCAAAUUUCCGCAUCUUUUCUCGCCUCGCGUUUUAUUUCCCCCAAAUUUUCCAACAUUGCUUUUCAGAGCGAUAACUGAUUCAGGAUCUUUAUAAUCAAGUUUUAUGUUCAUUUGCAAUGCAAAGAAGGGGUGAUUUUUUUUUUUUUUUAAACAGCUGAUUCAUCCAAUUUUUACUGACUAUCCGAUUACUACAAUAAUUGAUUUGCAACUCUAAUUAUGUUUUUUUUUUUUUUUUAAUGUUGUGGGAAUGGAUGGCCCAUAAGAUACCGUGACAAUUAAAAAAAGAAAAAAAAAAAAAACACAAACGGGAAAAGGCUUCGCGUUGCGGUUUUGAAAAAAGAACGUUUGCCGUCAAGCGCCUUCCGGUUGCAAGUUCGACGCCAGGUUGCCGCGCGUGACGCUGACGUUGAGCCGUUUGUGUCUUGUCACGUUGUCGCCU